GUAGGAACGCGGUCGCAUCGUCGCCUGGCAGCGCCGCGACGCCCUCGAGGCGAACUAGACGUUUCAUUCUGUGUGCUUGCCAGCAAGACAUUUCGCCGUUUCUAACCUUGUUCCGACGCUGCGUGUCAUCCCGUUCGUUGGUACAGUGUGUAACGUAGUGUCCUGUGUCGUCACAUCUUUCUCUCUUCUUUCACGCGUUUGGUCUAUUUUCACUUUUGUGCCGAUCAGUUACAAGUGAAUCAUCCAAUCAGUGAACAAAAGAAGAGUCAGCUGACGCGAGACGACUUUCCCUCUACAUCCUACCAAUAUUCCUGAUUUACACGCUGUAUCUUGUUUAAUGCAGUGGCCUUUCCAAGGUGGUGAACUUGAUGAAAACUUCGUUGUGGCUCGUUUGAUGCAGCGGCCUUCUCGUGGUGUUGAACUUUAUGAAAACUUUGAUAUUCGAGAUCGAGGCGUUGCCAAGGUCACGAGGGAGGAGCUGAGGUCAUCGCUGCACCUAUGUUGUGCGGCGAACUCCUGAACGGUGGCUUCGUCAGUACCGGAGCGGUACCGGUGGUUCCCUACGGUCUCUUAGGAUUCUGGUUACCCGGCUGUCUACGCGCCACCAGUCCUACCUCCCUGAAUUCCUCUUAUCUCACCCUAUUGGCCGAACUGCUGGCCAGGGGCCACCUGGAUCUUCGAAGCGAGCUGAUGGACCUCGCUAAAAGGAGCCAUCAGGCUCCUACCAACGGUGCGGUCGACCUUGACAUCGAUCUGCACGGCGACGACAUCGACGAGAACGUCUUUCUCGAAAACGGUCUGCUCUCCUUCGAGAAUCCCAACUACCACCUGGAUCCGGCCCGGCUGGACGACGCUUUGAACAGCAACGAGAACGGCAGUUCUCUGUACGAUGAAUUGUAUCAGGAAUUGGUCGGAAACGGUGGUAGAAGCGGCGAAGUGACCGGCGGCGACAGCGGGGGUGGUGGAGGUACGAGGGUGCAGGCACGCAGAACUUACGCGACGUUGGAUUUGGGCAGUAUGGGGGUGGACGUCAGCCAAGGUCCUCUCACACAGGAUUCCGUGACGGACGAUGCGGCUGAUAACACUGACAACCAUAACCUAGGGUACGGCAGCGAGGGUGUUGCGGAGUCCGCUCUCGUCGACGACACCCUCAACGGAAAUCCUCGAUCUUCGCCGUCGUCUUCUUCGAUUCUGCCUCCCCUUCAGUCAGGAUCCACUUCGGACACGAUCGACGCUGAAAAUCUAUCCGGUUCGAGAAAUUACUGCGAGAAACCGGAUAACGAAACGACAGAAAUGGGUGGCGUACCCCACGUCGAGGGUGGACUGAACAGCGAACUGUACGCGGUUCCCGUGAAACGAAGGCAACCGAAGGAUCAAAAGAACAAUGCCACUCUGCAGAACAAUGCCCAGGAGAAACCAUCGGAGGUGGAUGCCAACGAGUGCGAGGAUAAAGAUGAGAAUCUACCGCCCGGAUGGCAAAAACACGAGGGUGGGUAUCGAGGAUUUCGCCAGCCGAUCAAUUACGAGAAUGGUCCUUAUUACUGGCACGUAAAAAGCGGUAAUAUUCAAAGGGAGCCACCCGAGGCACCCCCGCACUCCAAGAGGGAGUCUCGCCGGAGUCUUAUCAAAGACAACGAUAGCAUAAAUAAUUUCCACACUCUGAGUGGUAUGGUGAACACAGUGACACGCAGCAACACGAGCUCCGCUUUGGAUCAGGAACUAGAGAACAAAAGAAAAGUGGAACUAGCUCUCAAACGAAGGAGCUACCCAGCACGAGCAGAUUCCGAGGGCAGAGACAAGCCCAUCCGAUUUGCUGUACGCUCUCUCGGAUGGACAGAGAUCGCUGAGGAAGAUUUGACACCGGAAAGAAGCAGCAAAGCGGUGAACAAAUGUAUCGUCGACUUGUCUCUCGGUAGAAAUGAUCUUCUAGACGUCGUUGGUCGAUGGGGUGACGGCAAAGACUUGUUCAUGGAUUUAGACGAAGGUGCUCUGAAGCUGAUAGAUCCGGAGAACCUAACCGUGCUCAACACACAACCGAUUCACACGGUCAGGGUGUGGGGUGUUGGCAGAGACCACUGCCGCGAAAGGGACUUUGCUUACGUGGCAAGAGAUCGAUCGACGCGAAAGCACAUGUGCCACGUGUUCCGUUGCGACAUACCGGCUCGCACGAUCGCUAACACGCUUCGCGACAUUUGCAAGAAGAUCAUGAUCGAACGAUCGCAGCAUCAGAACCUCGCGAAACCGGUCGACAUUAAUGGAAGAACGAGCCUGGCAACGAGACCCACUAAUCUGCCCACGGAGCAUCGACGCUUUCAUAGAAACGGGCAAGCACUAGUCACACAAUCUUUCCCAACGCCGAUGGAAGAACCGAAAAAGGUGUUACGAGCACAAUAUCUUGGAUCCAUGCAAGUUACACAGGCGACUGGAAUGGAGGUGUUGAACGACGCGAUAGAUCAUAUCGUAGCUAAUACUCCUAUCAAUCAAUGGCGAAACGUAAACGUUGCUGUCGCUCCUAGUAUGAUUUCAAUCCUUACACCAAACGAGGAGAAACUUAUCACCGAGUGUCGAGUACGUUAUCUGUCGUUCCUCGGUAUCGGUCGCAACGUGAAGCAAUGCGCUUUUAUAAUGCACACCGCGCAAGAUCUCUUCAUCGCACACGUCUUCAACUGUGAGCCUAGCAGCGGUGCCCUUUGCAAAACCAUCGAGGCUGCUUGCAAGCUGAGGUACCAGAAAUGCUUAGACGCACAUCCUCAAGGCUUCAGAAACGCCAGCAGUCUGAACACUCCGAGCGGUAAAGGUCUUGGCGCAACCCUGAAGUCGUUGGUCGGUUCACUAACUGGACGUAGAAAUAAGCAGGGUGAGUCCUGAGACGAGGCUCUCUCGCUGCAGGAACUGUGGCCGCUGCCUGCUGAGCGAGAGGUGAUCAGACACAGACAUCUCCAAUCGCCGCUGACCUUGAAAUAUUUUAGCGGAUCGCCGCCAAGCGCAUCCCUCAGGUCGCUACUUUCGCCGUCUCUGGACAACAGGCGUAUACAGUUAGCCCGUUGGGAGAGCAACCCUUAAUGGAAAUAAAAACGAACGACCGCCGCAGUUCGAGCCAAGUAAGGAAGCACGGAGGAACGCGAGACACAGGAAUUAUAUUCGUACGUUUAACGACUGAAUCGUGAAUUCUGCAGAGUGCUAUAAAUAAUUAACCACAGCUAUAGUGGACUACGCUUACGUGUGUCGAUAUGAUGUUAUGUAUGUUACACGCAGUGUCUGACAAAAAAAAAGAAAAAAAAAAAUGAUUUAAAAAUAUUAUCGUCGGCGAUGGAGACCGACUGAAACUCGUGGAUCGACGCCACGAAAUUCGAUGGGAGGAUUCGAUGAUCGUCUCGCGACUCGAUGUCGAGCAAACGGAGAACCUUCUUAGGGGCAGAAUAAUAUCCUGCGAGCAUGGGAUAGCAUAGGAAAAAGAGGGAGUUUGUAUAUACAUACGGGAUGGUAAUUUAUCGCGCUAAAUUUAGUGAAUUCGCUGGGUUUAAAAAGGGAGUCUAGAAGAGGAGAAUGAAAGGGAGAGAAAUUGACACGAGUGAGUGAUGAAAUGACUGAAAGUAGCGUUCUUAGCGUUAUCCACGAGGCAUUCGAAGAUUUAAACGAUCGACAACAAAGCUAUAGAGAGCUUAAAUGUAUAACUUACAUGUGUAUUCUCGGGUGUACAGAUUAGAGAAAAACGAGACGAGGAUGACCAGACCACACGAACUUCUAAACACAUAACACGUGAAUUAUACGUAUAGGAAAGACACGCAUAGAGAGAUUCCCACGCGACGAAACAUUAGUUUACACGCAAAAUGUCACACACACACACACACACACACACACACACACUCGUACCGGAAGGUAACAGGGAGUUUAUUUUUUAUUGCAAACUAAUAGAAGAGCUUGCACAUUGUGAAACGAUAACACGACACGACAAGUGCUAAACGCGACCGUCCUUUAUAUCCACGGGGAAAAUAAAAGACCGAAACGAAACGAAUGGAAUUGGAAUCGGAAUCGGAAUCGAGCUACCUACCGAUCUUGACACUCGCAAUAAAAUAAUACACGUAUUGUCGUACGCACAAUCGCUGUGCAAUAACGCCUACACAAAAGAAACACGAUUCAAACAUUCAUUCUCUGUUAACGUUGUAACGAAUCAUGAUCGUCGUCGUACGCUGCAACGCCAUGAACGAUAAUAAAGUUUCGUGAGAAAAGGAAGAAAAACAGAAAUCAGCGACUCGUACAGAGAGAGUUUAUUCACCGCCACGACAAAUCUUUUUUUCCCGAGACGUUUGCACGCGUGUUCACAGAAUAAUCAACCAUACGCGUACACGUAUAUUACUCGCAAAAUUCGUCAUUAUUCGCACGUGCACAGCACCGUCACACGAGUCAGUUUAUUCGAUCGGUCAAACUCAACAUCGACGAUUUAGAAGCUGAAGAACGGAUCGUUGACGAGUGCUCGCGAUGCCUAACAUCGAUAGCUUAGAAGACACACCCGUGUGGUGUACCAUUCGUGUGCCGUUUUCCUUACUAUUGAUUUUCUACCGGUAUCUUUAGGAUAGUUUUCCACGCGUACAAAAACCCGACAACAACGGCAGCGAAUUGUAUACAGAUGAACAAAGCGAAGAUAUUUCGUCCCUCGAUCUCUCCUGAUUAUUUUCCUACGAUAGCCUUGCGAUUAACAUACCUGACGAUAUAGCGAACCGUCGUCGCACCACCCGUAUUGUUCACCGGCUACAACGACUGCUAACCGAAGAUAUAUAUACGACCCCUCGUUUAUUCGAACCGCGUGUUUUCGCUUGUUCGAACAUCUUUCGCUUUCGGUUCUAGUUAGCACGUUCGUUAUGGAACGAUAAAUAAAAAAUAAUAUUAACGUUAAGGCGUCGAAUGCUGUUGAGGUCUGCUAUGUCCACGACAAACGUGUUAAUUUGAAAGAACCUUGGAUUCUCCUACGAGCGAUAUACAAUGAUACAACUAUCGAUGAACGUACCAAGGAAUUAGAAAGACGAAACGAGACGAGUAGAGAUGAUAAUUAACGUAAAUGAACGCGUGCACUGUCGGCAAGGAAAAGUUUUCUUCCGACGAAAAUCGCGUCGUGGGAGCCAUCGUCAUUGCGAAUGAUACAAAGUUGUUGCGGGACCCAGAACGAAGAAAUAUUUCUAAUGUAGCGUUUAAAUAAGACGGCUGGCAAGGUAGGAGGAAAGCUUGCGUGAAGAGAGGAUGAGUGGAAGAACGUAUGCGUGAUAACAUAGACUGCAUGAUAACGAGGGAUCCCUCUCGUGACAAAUAUAUUAUCUAGAUAGAGGAUGUUACGGAGAAUAGAACCGCGAUGAUGAAUCAUUAUUUGUACAUAAAUACAUGUUACGAGGAUCACCCGCCUUUUACCAUAACGAACAAGAAAAUACGCCUCAUCUAUUGAGCUGAAUGUUACCUCGAAAGAGAACCUCCUCGAGGAUCCAUAAGCUACAUCGGAUCCUUUUGGAUAUUUCCUUUCGAUUUUUCACGCCGCUUCGACCUUUCUCUUUUUCUUUCACUUCAAUUGCUUUUGCAUUCAUUCCAUUUAUCUGGUCACUCUCAAUCUCUACAUGAGUACACUGGUCCCGUGGUUUCUUUUUAAGCGGUUGUCAAUUAAAGACAUGGUUCGUCAUUAACAUUUCGGGCCUGUGAAUUUUGAACUGCUUUUUUGAUCGCUGGCCCGCGAAGGCGUCCGAUAUGUAAUGAUAAUGAUUUUUGACCGCGUGAAAAGAGGGAUCAGUGUAGGACUUGAGAACCGUAUCAGGAAACAAUAAUGGAUCGAAACGUCGCGCGACGAGGCCUCCCCUGCGACCCCCCAACUCGAAUCCUCAUCCCGAAAUUUUACACAGAUUAACCAACCAGCGACGUUUCUUCCGCUAUCGAUAUGGCGUUGAUAUAGUUUCUUGCUUUGAUAUUCAUAUAUAUAUAUAUAUAUAUGUAUAUAUAAUGAAUAUAAUAUAUAUAUGAGUAUAAAUAUGAAUAUAAAUAUAAAUAUAAAUAAAUGAAUGAAUAAAUAUAUAUAUAUAUAUAUAAUUGUUGAAUUUAUAUUACCGAAAAGGUAUAAGGGCGGACGAGCGAUCGAGGGUGGUACGAGACAGCCUCGAGAGCGCGACGACGAAAUAUGGUGUGGAUGUAAAUAUUAUUAUUAUUAUUAUCAUUAUUAUUAUUAUUAUACGCUCGUGUAGAAAAUUAAGAGACUUAAAGAAAAGAAAGGUGAAGGUUGAACAGUUCGGAGGUCGAGGACACAUCGUUGCACACCGUCGUGCGAGAAACCAAGACACACGAUUCAACCCUGUACACGAAACACGCAUAUGAAAGAGAGAACAUGUACACACGCAUACAUACAUACACACACGCGCGUAUACACACAUCCAGAAAAAAUUGCGCGUAGCUUAACUGUCUCCUUUAAUAUAGGUGUUGAAACGUCGCCGGAUGAAAUGCGAGAGUUAACAGAGACCCACCCCCCCGAGAGGGUUCGAAAGAGGUGAAAAGGAGGUGGAGGAGGGUAAAGGAGAAGGGAAGCCACUUGUAACUGGACUAAUAGAAUAGUGCAAACCUAACUAUAUUUAACUGUGACAUGUAAUAUCCUAAAUGAAAGCAAAAAAAAAAAGGAAAAAAAAUGCGAUCUACUGAUAGAAAGAGUUGUUCUUGCACAAACACGAUGCUUCAUUGAUAAUUAUAGUGUCUCUCUCUUUCUCUCUUUCUCUAUCUCUCUAUCUUCGAAAAGUACAUACCUCUCUGUACCUAAUGGCAAUUUAAUAAUAACUAAUAUGUUUCGGCAUUGAGAAGAAGAAGAAAAAAAAUUCUAAUGAAUGUGGAACGCUAACCGCGCCGCGAACGAUUCUCGUCAUCGUUUUAAUUCGACCUCAUCGUUAAUUACCUAUUUACACCGAUCACUAAAAACACGCACCGUCGAUCAUUGUUAAUCAUUAUUAAUUAUUGUCACGAUCAUUAUCGUCGCGUUGAUACGGAGAAACAGGAGACAAGGAUUGAAAUAAAAAAAAAAAAGA